AGAGGGACCCUUGAGAGGGAGGGACGACCGGAAGUGGGGCAUCCGAGUAGCGAGAGACCCCAGGAAAUGGGGACACCUGGGGAAGGGGUGACAGCCGGAAGUGGGGGCCUCGGAAGGCUGUCGACGAGACGUGGGGUCUCUGGGGCUCCAGGAACGGUGAUUCCUGACCUCUUCUUGGGGUAGGACGGGAAGGAAGGUGAUGCUUGAAAAAUGAUAGUCUCCAGGGAUCCUGGGAGCUAAUGUCAGAAGAAAGUGACUCUCUGAGAACCAGCCCUUCCGCGGCCUCACUUUCGGAAAGUGAGCUGCCGCCGCCCCCCGCACCCGCCGGCUAUGUGUGCUCGCUGACCGAGGACCUGGUGGCCAAAGCCAGGGAGGAGCUGCAGGAGAAGCCAGAAUGGAGGCUCCGCGAUGUCCAGGCCCUCCGAGACAUGGUGCACAAGGAGUGCCCGAACCUGAGCACCUCCCUCGAGGACGCCUUCCUGCUGCGCUUCCUCCGAGCCCGCAAGUUUGACUACGACCGGGCCCUCCAGCUCCUGAUCAACUACCACAGCUGCCGGAGAAGCUGGCCCGAAGUCUUCAACAACCUGCGGCCCUCGGCCUUGAAAGAGGUCCUGGCUUCCGGAUUCCUCACUGUACUGCCCCACACCGACCCCAGGGGCUGCCACAUCCUCUGCCUCCGUCCAGACAGAUGGAUCCCGAGCAACUAUCCAAUUACCGAAAACAUCCGAGCCAUAUACCUGACAUUAGAAAAACUCAUUCAGUCUGAAGAAACCCAGGUGAAUGGAAUUGUAAUUCUUGCAGACUACAGAGGAGUGAGCUUAUCAAAGGCAUCUCAUUUUGGCCCUUUUAUAGCCAAAAAGGUGAUUGGCAUCCUUCAGGAUGGUUUCCCCAUUCGGAUAAAAGCAGUCCAUGUAGUGAAUGAACCUCGAAUAUUUAAAGGCAUUUUUGCCAUCAUAAAACCGUUUCUGAAGGAGAAAAUAGCAAACAGAUUUUUCCUUCAUGGGUCUGACCUGAACUCUCUCCAUUCAAACCUUCCAAGAAACAUCCUCCCCAAGGAGUACGGGGGCACGGCCGGGGAGCUGGACAUCACCGCGUGGAACGCGGCGCUGCUGGCCUCGGAGGAGGACUUUGUGAGGGAGUUCUGCCAACCUGGCCCUCCCUGCGACAGCAUCCUGGGCCAGGCCUUGCCGCCCGAGGGGCUGAGCUCGGAGGCGCCGUGUGAUGACUCCAUGUGGGCUGUGAAAUCACAGCUGUACUCCUGCUACUAGCCAGUCCCCUGUGAACGUCACCACCUUUAAAACCUUUUCUUCUUUCUUUGGAGAGGUCCAAGGAGAAUUUGAGGUGCCAGGGAUUGUCUUGCUCCUUGGAACGGAACUGCAGUGCGGAGGAAAAGCCUGUAGGGCUCUGAGGUACGCCGCGGGGUGAGGCUUUGGUUACUUGAAUGACUCCUAUGGAAGACAUGGAGAAAGCUCCCCCAGCGAUUCCAAACGUUUGGAAUCCCAGUGUGCAGCCCUUCAUCUGAAGCCGUAUCUGGUUUUGACACAGCUCAAAGCAAGAAAAAUCAGGACCAAAGUCACUUUGAUCCCACGUUCCAAGAGAAAACAACCUGAUUGGCCAGUCAGCACACACCUAUGAAACAGUUUGACCGAGGCUGCAAAGGGGCCACACGUGAGACAGUGGGAGUUUGUGUUCUUCACAUGAACCCUAACUGCAGACCUCUGUGCUCAUCAAGAAACUUUAAGUGCUAGUCCAUCACUGGGUCUGGAAAGCACCUUCACUGAAUCAUGCAAGCACCCAGACAGAAGCAGCACCUCCUGAUCAAAUUCGGGAGCCAGGGACCUCACGUACCUCUGGGAUACGUGGGUUGAAUCUUGCAAUAGAAACUUAAAGUUUUCCCAAACCCAUAAAGCCUUAGGCCUGGUUCUUAAUGGAAUCAUACAUGAUCCUAAAUGUACGUGAUUUUACUCAACCUGAAAGACUGGAUGCCAGGCCUGUGUAGCUAAAAGAAUUCUGGGAGCUUCCCUGGUGGCGCAGUGGUUAAGAAUCCGCCUGCCAAUGCAGGGGACACGGGUUCGAGCCCUGGUCCGGGAAGAUCCCACAUGCCGCGGAGCAACUAAGCCCGUGCGCCACAGCUACUGAGCCUGCGUGCCACAACUACUGAAGCCUGCGUGCCUAGAGCCCGUGCUCUGCAACAAGAGAAGCCACCACAAUGAGAAGCCCGCACACCGCAAAGAAGAGUAGCCCCCGCUCGCUGCAACUAGAGAAAGCCCGCGCGCAGCAACGAAGACCCAACGCAGCCAAAAAUAAAUAAGUAAAUAAAUUUAUUAAAAAAAAUAAAAUAAUUCUGGCCUAAGAAUUAAGAGACCUGGGCCUCAGCUUUCUCAUCUGUAAAAUGAGGCUGAAUGAAGUGAUCCCGAGGGCCCUUUUGACUACUACCGAGGUUGUGGGAUUUGGUUUAGUGAUUGAUUGAACGUUAGGCGUCGGUUUUCUGCCUAGAAAGAGGACUCUCUAGAUACCAGUGGUUGGAUCCUGUUUUUUGUAGUAAGCCUGGGCCUUUCCAAGAGGGAUGCGUCAUUUUUUGGCCCUGCCUUUAAAGAAACAGUGGACUGAGCAAUCCCCAUUUUCUUUUCAUGGUGAGGGUUAAACUUGAAAAGGAUGGCCUUUGUGAGGGCAGGUGAGAUGCCCAGAAUCUUGGAUGAAUUCCUUCCAUUCCUGAGACUCGGGGGUAUAUUUUAAACCUGGCAAUGGUGAAUGGUUAACUUCCUUGGGAUUCUUAGAUUUUGGCUUCUGGAAAUGAACACAAGGGCAAGUUAUUCUGGGACCUCCACCCUCACCCCUGCCACCCCAGCCCACUUGAGUUUCUCUCUCGCACGUUCAGCCAGACUGAAUGUUAGUUCUGCAUUUCAGCACUUUAGACCCUUUCUGUCAAGAAUUUAGCCUUAGCCCAUGCAUCAAAUUAAGUGGUUCAUCUGAAGGCUUUUGACCUAUUUCCCUUCAUAUUCAUUCCAUGCAGAUGGUGGUGUUAAAAAGUGACAAGUGGGACUUCCCCUUCCCCGGCGGCCCAGUGGUUAGGACUCCGCGCUUCCAGUGCAGGGGGCACUGGUUUGAUCCCUGGUCGGGGAACUAAGAUCCCAUAUGCUGCGUGGUGUGACCAAAAAAAAAAAGUGACAAGUACCACGCGUUGUGUGUGUACCUUCUCCGUGCGUUUGUUAGAGCAGCAGGCAAGGUGGAUGGCUGAGUUAGGAUUAGAACAGUCCUCUGAAAUUCAAAGGCCAGUCAGGUGUUAAUAAGCUGUUCAUCUCUCUAGCACUUUUAAAAAUGUCUGGAGAAGUUGUUGGUGGAAAUGACUUACCUCAUUAGUGCCAAUUCUAGGGAGAAUUCUUUUCACCAUAGAUGCUAACCCUGGAUGUUCUAGGGACCUGGCUGAGCGGGAAGUGUCAAAAUGCAUACCCCUGGCUGCCUCUAGUCCCAUCUGACAAUGACAGUGUGACCAGCAUUGCUGGAAAGGUCUAAAUAGGACAAGUGGGAUGGCUAUAGUAGAAGGUUCAGAACUUAACUGCCUGGAUGGGAGAGUUGGUUAGAGGCUUUCUUAGGUCCCAAAGAGGACAGAGUGAUUAAAAAACAAAACAAAAAGGUUAGACAUGAAUCGUUCAAGUUUCCAAGGUUUAAACUGUGCAUUGCAUUGCUGGCCAAUUGCCUUUGUCUACAUGUCUUAACAUAGGGAUGACCAAGCUCACCUAGAGAAAUUUCUCAAAGACCAGGAAGGAUGUUGCCCUUUUCCCAGGCCUUCCCAGUUGGAUCAAGGAGCUGUUUCAUUCAGCUUCUGAAAGGAGUCAGAGCCAAGGGUUAUCUACCUUCUGGAGCUGUUGUGUUUUAUGUUGGCUCCAGAGAGAUCAAAUGGUUUUGGCACCUCAGGAGGUUUGAACCAAGCUGUGAAACCAGGACCUCCCUGGGUGGAGAACACAGCGGUCUCUGCAUGGCUUCACCAGGCAUCUGUGUGAAGUUGCCCCAGGCAGGGCAGGGGAAUGACCACAGGAGCACCCUGGGAGCUUCACUCAGCAGUGAGGGCACAGUGAUGGAGCAAGUAGUUGAACACCUGGAGAACUGCGAGUGUUUUCCUUCAGGGAAAAGUUCUGAUCCAUUUCACAAACACCUGAAAAUGAACUUUUCCCGCAAUUCCAGGUAGCAUGGCAUAGGUAAGGGAAAGGAAUAGUAAACCAGGAGACCCGAGUUCCAGCUUUACUUUGCCACGUGGCCUCAGAUCAGCCACCAAACAUCCCUGAAUCAUCAUACAAUAAAGGGGGUCUAUAUUCGGAGCUCUGAACCCUCUGUUCCUGGCAUAAGAGGCUUUGUUCUUUUUUUCUCCGCAUCUGGGUGAUUCUUUAGGAAAUUUAGGUCUGAAUGAACUGACACCUAAAGCUUCCAAAUGAAUCUGUAAGCUUGAGA